AUGCCGGUGUGGCUGGGCGAGAGCCGCUGGCGGCAGAGCCCCGCCGCCCUCUACCUCUCACUGCCGCUGCGCGGCCUGCGGGCCACCCCCGACAACAUCUUCUGCACCGAGCGGUACUUGAAGGUAAGCAUCCCUCCCUAUUUAUUUGAAGCCAUUUUAUAUGCACCUAUUGAUGACACAAAUAGCACAGCAAAGAUUGGAAAUGGAGUCAUUUUCUUCACUUUGUAUAAAAAAGAAGUUGCCAUGUGGGAUUCCCUAACUCUAGUAAAUGCUAGCAAGGAGGAACUGCAAUAUAUAAGAGAGAAUGCUGUUUUACAAGCCCAUGAAAAGGCAAAAGAGGAGGCAGAAGCAAAAAAAGUUACAAAACAGGAACACAGAAAAUAUGCCUUGGAGGCCACAAUGAAGCUAGAAGAAGCAGAAAGAAAGAGGAUCGAAGCUCUGAAAGAAAAGGAGCGGCAGAAGGUCACUGAGGAGUUGGAGUUAUGGAGAAAACAGCAAAAAGAUGCUGAGAAACAGAGAGUACAAAAAGAAGAGGAACUGCAUCAAGAAGUAGAGCAAUUGAAGGAGAAGAAAAAGGAAAAAAAUAAUGAAACUAGGAUUCCUAAUGAAGGAACUUCUAAGUCCAGGCUCAAACAUCCUAAAGGUCAUGGUUCCUGCAGCAUUUUUUCAGACAAUUUAAAAGAAGAACAGUUACCAGCUCCUCGGUCUGCUGCUACAAUUGAAGUCAACUUUACAGCACGAGUUUUUCCUACAGCUCUGCGAGAGUCUCGUGUUGCAGAAGAGGAGGAGUGGCUAUGUAAACAAGCAGAAGCUCGAAGAACCUUAAGUGCUGAUUUAUCUGAGCUGGAAGAUUUAAAAGAAGAGGAGAAGAACCCAGAUUGGUUAAAGGACAAAGGAAACAAAAUGUUUGCAACAGGAAACUAUCUUGCUGCUGUAAAUGCUUACAACCUUGCAGUGCAGCUAAACAAUCAGCUUCCCCUGCUCUAUCUGAAUCGUGCUGCUUGCCACCUCAAGCUGAGAAACUUACAUAAAGCUAUUGAAGAUUCCUCAAAGGUCUCCAGGAUUAUGAAGCAGCUCUCAAGAUUGAUCCUAAAAAUAAAACUAUAG